CGAGUUCAAGCAACAGUGGAACAUACAGGCAAAUCGUGAGGAGCCAAAAGAAAUCCGACUUACUACAAGCAUCUGAUUUUAACAAGGCUAGCACUGCAGUCAGCAGCAAAGCUCCCAUGGUCAUCAUAAAGUCAGCUCAUGCUUUGCAACAAUUUCCUCUCCCAGGGCUAUCCACUCCUUGAUGACCAAACACUGUUUAAAACCAACAAAACUACUGGAGUCCAAAUGGAAAAAUCUCGGACCUGUCUCAAGUACCUCAUGUUUCUGUCCAAUAGUUUAAUUUUUGCAGGAGGUAUUUGUCUGCUGGGAGUUGGCAUCUGGGUUACAACCAAUCCCAAUGGCUUCAAGAAUAUUGUGGCUACAAACCCAUUAAUAUAUACUGGGGCUUACAUCAUUCUGUCAGUCGGAGUAAUUCUCUUCUUUCUAGGGUUCUUAGGUUGUUGGGGAGCCAUCCGAGAGAGCAAGCAACUGCUUAUGACUUUUUUGCUGCUUAUUUUGAUCAUUUUCAUCCUGGAGCUGAUAGCUGCCGUCCUUGCGUUGGUCUUCCGAAAGCAGAUCCGAAAGGAUUACUUCUUAAAGGAAUUGCAGAUGAAAUAUAAAGGUGACAAUUCUACUGAUGUCUUUUCAAAGACUUGGAAUGUAAUCAUGGUGGAUUUUUCCUGCUGUGGUGUAAAUGGACCUCGUGACUUUGGACAGAAUUCCACUUUUUACCAGCUUUUCCCAAACAGACUGCUGCCUGAAGCAUGCUGUAAAAGGAAUAACACUUCACCGGUAGAGCACAUCCUAGACAGGAGCAAAUGCGUACAGGGAGAUGCUGGCUACAUAAACAACAAGGGAUGUUUCUCAAUGAUUGCAGAGAAUUUUCGGAACUACGUCCAUUUAGUUGGCGCUUUCAGUAUAAUAGUGCUCUUAAUUGAGCUUUGUGCAAUGGCUUUUACAAUCUUCAUAUACCAGACCUAUAACUAAUAUUGGUUAUCAUCACGUGAAAGGGAUAGAGUUCCAAUCACUUAAACAAAGAACCAGGCAGCAGGUGAAAUCCCAGACCUUCUGAUCAAUGACUGAAUGGAUGUGCAGAGUCGGCAAUAGUCCACCAAGCCAUGACCAACCAAAACAUGGCUGACAUCAGCUUUGAGGAGCAAGGAAAACAGAAAAAAAGAUAAAACUAACCAUUUUUAUACUUCUGUCCAUGAUAAGUAUUUUUUGUCUUGUUGACAAUACUUUACACAAAUUUACAUCAGAAUUAUGGCCCUAUAUUAAAUAGUUAUGUGGUCAGGUAUCAAAGUAAUGUGAAACUAUUAUUUUACCGUAAUGUAGAUAAUAUUAUGAAAUUAUUUCUGCAUUGGUUUUGUAAAUAUAUCUAUGUAAUAUUGGCUGUACUUUUGACACUAAACCUGAAAAACAUGUUGUGAGAAUUACUCUUCUAUUAUCCCCAUCGAGCUUAUACUUUGAGCCUUCUCAAUCCGCAGACAGAUCAGCAGCCCCCAAUGUAGUGAUUUUGUAUUAUUUGUGAGGAGGAUUAGUGUGAUACCCUGUUCACUCAGAUCUUCUGCCGCACACAAUCUCAUCACCACAUCUGUUUGGGAAUUCACCUUGGUGUCCUCUCCACACGUACUUGCCUGUUGAGAUCUCAUCCAACAAUUUGCUGUCUGUCAGUCUGCUGUGCAGUGUAUGUACAUGACAGAAAUACGUAGUGACCAACUUCGUUUACGUUUCCUGCUGCCACUGCAAGAACUGUAGUGUUUUCCAGUGAGUUUUUCUCUGAGAGUUAAUCGAGGGAGAUAUUCUAUUAUUUAGUCAUGCACUGGUUAUAUUACCUUGGUUUACACACACACACACACACACACACACACACACACACACAAACCGACCCACCCCUUCAGUGCAGAGUAGGUAGAAGCAGCAACAGAGACCAUCACAUAUUUUUAAUGCAUUUUAAAAUUAAUUUAUUAUUCUAUGCCAUUGGGCCAUUGUUCUCAAUGUUGGACAACCCUUUGUGUAUCGAAAACCUUUAAAACCUAUGUGAAAUGAUUUAUACCUCCGCUAAUGAGGUAAUCAUUCCACAGGACAAUGCCUUCAGGAAUUAUUCGGCAUCAGUUUAUUAAAGUUAAUAUUUCCAAAGCAAUCAUACAUGUAGUUUUAACUCCCCAUCCUGGUAAUUUCUUAUACUGUGCAACAAAAAGCUGGGAUCUGAAACUACAAUUGUUAUGUGGACUUUUUAAAAACUUUCAGAAUAUUCUGGAUGAUUGCAUUGUGCAUCCUCUCAUGGUACGCUGCCUAAGACUGAGGCUAAACUCCAGGGUCUGAGGCUGCUCCUACUUAGUAAAGGUAUCACAAAAUCUCUCUCUUGUUAUAUGGAACUAGUCCAGGCUUCAAUAGAUUAAUGUAUGACACAAAGACAUGUAGAAUAGAAGCCCCAUUUAUCGAGUAUGUUAGGGUGAAUAGUGCUGACACCAUUUGCUUAGUUUGAUUUAUGAAUCCUAAUUCCUACCUUUACAUCCAUUAAUAUUAACCCUGUGUAUCAGCUCUGAUUUAGCACCCCACACUUGUUGAGACUUACAAAUGGAAAACAACCAAAUCUUGAGAUUCAGGUCAAAACUGCCUUGCAAAAUCCUACAGACACUCUGUAGGUUUUUGCAAAUAAAACAAUGUGUGGUGUUUCAAGUUUAAGCAAACUGUAACAACACAUAUAUUAAACUCCAAAAACCUGAGCACAAAAGUGCGCUAGAACCCUUUACGUAAUUACAUCAUCACAUCAGAUCAAUUUCUUAAAAUGAAACCCCAACUCAAUGUUGGUGGUUCUGAAUUAUGUACAUUUCCAUUAAAUUAUGUUACCCUACACAGGAAUUCACCGAAGCCAGCAAUGUGAACCAUUCAUCUCGGGUCCUGUGUCCCAUGGGUGGAGGAACAGCACGUGCCUCUGGCUCGUCCAGAGGUGUGUUGACAUGCUUGUGGCCAUGUCGUGAUGGCAGGGGCUUGGUGGUGGAAUCCUUCAAAUCUUGAUAGCCGGUUUAAGGAGAUCUACCAGUAAACAUUCAGGUUUACCCCUCUUAUCUAUGAUAAAAGCUUUUCUCCCCAUUCCAAAAUUUAGAACGAACCCAAGGGGAUACUGACGUGCAUCAUGGGAGAUGAAAACAAGUAAGGCAGAAUAUAAGUCAACAGGAAUUCGUGAGUGCUGUACGCCAUGAUGGGAGGUAGGAAUAGAUGCAAAGGAGUUGAUUUACUGAGGAGCGUGGAACGCUGUUGAGAGACCGACCAGGCGGUCACAGUCAGGAGUGAAAUCACCUGGCACUCGUAAUGGUUGUCCAUAUACCAACUUAGCCGUGGACGACUGCAGGUCCUCUUUUGGAGCAGUUCUGAGCCCCACCAGGACCCAAGGGAGAUGAUCAUGCCAACACUCAUCGGUCAGGGAAGUCCUUAGAGCAGCCUUUAAGGAGCGGUGAAACCAAUCGCAUAGGCCAUUGGACUGCGGGUGGUACGCUGUGGUGUGAUGUAGCCUAACGCUGAAAUUUUGGGCCAUCACAGCCCAGAGAUCUGCUAUGAAUUGGGGACCGUGGUCAGAGGAAAUAUCAGAUGGGGUACCAAACCAAGAAACCCAGGUGCUGAUGAACACCUGAACCAUAACUGCGGCCAUCGUCGAUGCUACAGGGAUGACCUCUGGCUACCAGCUGGUACUGUCCACCAUAGUAAGGAGGUGUGUGAAACAGUGCAAGAGGGGAAGAGAACCAAUAUGGUCGGUCAAGAACCUCUCAAGGUGCCAAUGGUGGCUGAACACAAUGUUUGCCCACUGGCUCUCCACACAGGCUGCUGUCCAAUCUCGCAUCCUUUCAAAGGCUGUGCUACACAAACUUCAGUGCAAUCAGUUUCUGUGAGGCCUUCUGGCCUGGAUUCGAGAGGCCAUGUAUGAAGUCAAAAACAGUCCGCCUUCAAUAUGCGAAGUGAGGUCGACUGGUUGAGACAUCGCACUGGAGAAAAAACUCCAGCUUCCCCAGACUUAAUGUCAGCAAACUGCAGGCCCAUGACUGCUGUUCGGUAAGCCCAGGCCUCUGGGUCAGUGGCUUUCCCGUCUGCCAUGCCAGCAAAGUCAACACCUGCGCAUACCGCCUCAACGGCAGGCCAUGAGAGGCAAUCAGCCACUGCAUUAUCUUUCCCCCGAUAUGUUGUAUACCCUCUGUGAGCUUGGAUAUGUAGGCCACAUGUUAUUGCUGCUGUGCAGACCAAGGGUCUGAUAUUUUGGCCAUCGCAUUCACGAGGGGUUUGUGGUCAACGAAUGCCGUGAAAAGGUGACCCUCGAGAAGAAAAUGAAAAUGGCGGGCAGCCAGAUAGAGACUGAGAAGCUCACAGUCAAACAUGCUGUACUUCCUUUUAAGGGAACAGAGCUGCCAGCUGAAGCAAGUGUGUGGCUGCCACAUGCCUCUGACCAACCGUCCGUGAACUGCACCCCCAGCAUAGUCUGAAGCAUCAGUAGUAAUGGCUGUGGGUGCAUUGGGGUGUGGGUGUGUCAGUAGGGUUGGGUUGGAAAGAGCUUGUUGGUAUCAUCAAAUGCCCUGGUCAUGUCCGCUGACCAGUCAGGCACGUGAUUACGGGUGUUGCCUUUAAGCCUAUUAUACAGGGGAAGCAUUGGUCCAGCAGCUGACAGACUGAAGUGGUGAGAGAAAUUCACUAUGCCUAAAAGUUUCUGUAAUUUUUUUAGAAGUGGGGGGCAGUGGGAAAUCCAUAAUAAUGGCUACUUUUUAUGGGAGGGGAUUUGCACCUUCUGCGGAGAUGCGAUGCUGAGGAAGUCAAUGGCUGACGACCCAAACUGGCAUUUAGCAGAGUUUAUAAUCAACCCGUGUUGGCUUAAGUGCUUGAAAAGCAUGCGGAGAUGAGAUGCACGUUCCGAUUUGGACGCACUGGAGACAAGUAUGUCAUCCAGUUAAACAAAAAGAAAAUGUAAAUCUUUAAAUACAGAGUCCAUCAGCCAUCUGUUGGAACGUCUGUGCAGCAAUUUUCAGCCCAGACAGCAUUCACAGAAACUCUAAGAGGCCAAACCGAGUUAUCACAGCCAUUUUGAGAAUGUCCUCUGAGCACAUAUCACCUGAUGAUUGAGUUUGGGAAAACAAUUUAACUUUCUGGUUAAACAUGCCGAAAAAUUUUGAAUGCGUGAGACCGGGUAAUGAUGGGGGGGGCGGGGGGCGGCAGGGGAUGGUCUCAUUAAGGCAUUGUUAAUCGCCACAUGGGUGGCAACCACCAUCAGACUUGAGGACCAUAUGGAAGGGCUAUUUGAUCAGAGUACAAUGCCAAGUCUUUCCAUGUUGGCAAGCUCCGCCUUCGCGGUUGCCAGCUUUUCUGGGUCCUGUCUACGCGUGCGGGCAUGCACUGGCGGGCCAGUUGUGGGAACGUGAUGCUCGACCCCAUGUUUUGUGACUGUAGUGCAGAAUGUGGGCUUGGUGAGGUUUGGGAAUUUGUCCAGCAGUCGAGUAAACUCACAUGCGUGCGCUUGACAGAGUUGUUGUGGGGAACUUACUGGGGGAGCAGGGUAAGGACCCAAAGUCCUUGACGUCCACAAGCCGGCAGAUUUUAAGGUCAACUAAUAGUCCUUGGGCACACAGGAAACCUACACUGAGCAGAGGUUCAAGCACUUUAGCCAGGCACAGUCCCAUGUGUAACUUCACCCACUGAACCAGAGCAUCAACCAUCAUGUCGCAUAAGUCUGGAUCCUGCUGUCAUUAGCGGCCUCCUGCAAGGUUUCAUUGCCCUUUGCCUUCUGAUCGAUAGGUGAUGCUGGCAGCACACUUGUUUGAGCACCCGUGUCACACAGGAAACGUUACCCCGAAAGAGUGUCCACAAUGAACAGUAGACAACAUCGACAGCUGGAACCCACGGUGUUCACAGACCUCAGAUGUCCUGCUGCACUGGCACUGUCAAAGCUGCAAGGCGGUCGGCACUUCCUAGUGUUCCUACAAAGCGAGAGUGGUAAAAACACAGGGAUGGCCUCAUCUGUUUCACAGCUGUGGGUGUCCUUAUUUUGGGGGCCUUACUGACUGGCCUUAUUGAGGUAGAGAAAGGAGGUGUAAUGAUACACCACUGCCUUGCUGAGUGUAGUCUAUCAGCAAGCUCCCUACAGUCCAUCACAGGUACAUUAGUGGGGGCUGUGCAAACUGGAUCAGGCAUUUGCUGCAUGAAGAGUUCUUUAAAAAUAAAACAAGAUGGUGAUUUCCUAGGAGAGACAGCAUGGGGUCCAAUAGUUCUGACAGCCUACCAUCGCCGAGACUGGCAAGGAGAACAACUGUUUGGUGUGCUCAGACUCUGAUAGUCUAAAGGUGAGCUUUCAGCCAUUGGUAUUUAUUGCGUUUAGUCGGAUGCUCUUGUAGACUCUCGUAGCAUUGGAGGUUCCGAGCAAUGCUACCAUGUAGCAGAACUUGGUGUCCUCGGCGGAGAUUUCUCGCGGCGUAAAUUGGGCCACAGCUGGUACAAAUCAAGCAACGGUAUUUUGCUCCCAAAACUCCAGCAGUUUCAAAGUGACUGUGUUGGCUGACAUGUUCAAUAACUCUGGAAUUGUCCCAGAGAAUCAGGGUCACCAACGUAGGUUUUCAUGAAUAAAACAAAGUGAGGUGUUUUUAGUCUAAGAAAAUAGAGACAACACAUUCAUUGAACUCCAAAAACCAGAACACAAAAGUAUGGUAGAACCCUUUACAUAAUCACGUCAUCAUGUCAGACCAGCCCCUUAAAGUGAACCUCCAACUCAAUGUCGGUGGUUGUGAAUUCGGUACAUUUCUAUCAGCUAUGUUACCCUACAACUCAAGGACUCUGAAUUCAAAGCUCAAGCUUGAAUGGGAGAUUGAAGUAUGCAUUAUAGCAAGGAAUGCCUCCCCUUCUGAAAUCUGGCCCCAUUCACUUUUGUGGCAGGGAUAUUGAAAGAGAAUAUACCAGAUGUCUAAUAUUAUAGCAAGUGCAAAGCAUCAGAGAUCAAAGAUGAAUUUCUACCCGACUGACAAAAUAUAUGAAAAAGGGGCUUUGCUAUCAACACCAAUGUUACAGUCAGCUUACUUUCUCUCUGGUUAUUUAACCCGGCUGAUAGCAGUUUUCAGUUUGGCUUUAACUGAAUUACAACUUCGUUAAUUUGAGAGUUGUUUAACUUGCAUCUGAUAAAAUAUUAUUUAGUUUGGAAAUCAGUGUUUAAACAUUUUGUUUAUCUUUCCCUUCAUAUUCAGUCUGCAUAACAACUAUAUUUAAAGUUCUUUACUGAAGAUCAGCAUCAAACUGUUCCUUCAAAAUGCAUUGUGAGGAUAAGUGUAAAGAACAAAAGUUGGAAUAAAUAAGAAUAUUUCACAUAAUGAGUAAUUAAUGUAUAGGGGGUGGAGAGUGGCACAAAUGAAUAAUUUAUUGCGGAUAUUUCUUCCUUUUUAGGAAGCCCUUCAAAGACUGUCUAUGACCUGUUUUCACUCUGAUGUUCUGGGUUCUGACGUGGGAACAUUAAUAUGGGAACCAUAUCUUUCAGAGAUGAGGUGGCAGGUGCCUGCUGGGGUGAGUGGGGGGUAGUUUGAGAGGUGGUGUAUUUUCUUCUGCCACUUAUACAGGGUGUCGGUAAACUUCAGAUGCAUAGAAUAGAGCUGCAUUGAGUAAGUAAGUGCCAUGGUCUGAACUGUGGAGUGUUAUUAACACCUUAAUGUGAGACUGAGUUCUUUUAGAAGCCUGUCCUAGCUGUGCAACACUGUUCUUUGAAGGUUCAUAAUGAGAUCCUGGAAAAUGAGCGAUACCUUCCUUCCCUUGAGAGCCACUUUUCUCUGAAAGCUGACGUCAUCAGUGAAAUUCACAACGACCUUCAAAGUAUUAGCAUUUGCCCUGACAUAAGUCAGGGGAAAGAGUGUUUGAAGAUCCGGAACUCAGACCUGUCCCAAAGCUGAUUGCUGCUCUCUUAUAUGCACCUGAGAUCUGGGUUCCCUACAGCAAGCAUCUCGAAGCACUGGCAAAAUGCCACCAAUGUGGUCUCUGCAAAUACUUCAAACUCAACAAAAGGAUAAGUGAACCCACAUUAACGUCCUCUCCUGGGCCAACACCCCCAAUGCUGUUGACACUUACCAUUUCAUUGGCUUUCUUGGUGGAGCCCCAGUUAAAUUUGUCAUAUUAUUUACAAAACUUAUAUUUGUUACCUAACAUUUAGUCAAGGCAGAAGCCAAGUCAUUCAAGUAUAAAUAUUUAAUUUUUUUUUCAAAUCAAAUGUAUUUCUAUCCUGAGAUUUUUCAAACAUGAUUCACAUCACAGCGCUAAGCAGUAUUGAACCCAUAUUGUACUGUCUCAGUACUUUUAUAUUUGUGUGCUGUAGCACUUACUUUUUAUUCGCAGUUAUUUUGUAAAUAAUACUAUUCUUUGCAGUUCUGGUUAGAUGCUAAUUGCAUUUCAUUGGCUUUGUAUCUGUACUCGGCACAAUGACAAUAAAGUUGAAUCUAAUCUAAUCUAAUCUAAUCUAGUUACUAGUUAAUCCAAUAUUGCAAUUUGAAGGAUUCUUUCAGUUGUUUUCAAAUAAGCGCUUCUGCCUGGAACUUUCAAGGAGAGGUUAUCAGACCAGACAGUAUCCAUAGAUGGUGAGAAAAUGAAAUGAACUACUAUGUAAUUAAGUUACUGUUGUUAUAAUUUCACACAAUAAUUACAAAUCUUUAAUUUACCAAUCAAGUCUUAACUAUGUAUAACGAUUGUAAAAAAUAUAUAUUUAUAUAUGUAUGUAUAUAUGUUGUAUCACUGCUGCCAUUGACUUGUUAUUAUUAUUGUUCAAUAA